UGUGGUGAGGAUGGGAGGGGAUAACCACAAGGGAGGGAGCUGGGGGCGGUACUUUAUUAGAAUUUCCUGGGUGAGGAAAGACCACAACCCCCAGAAUGCUGUGAGGCUACGGUCGCCGAACUGGGACAUAACAGUUGGCCUCCACCUUGUUACUCUUCAAAAUACUAGUGUGUCCGGGGACAACAACAAGGAGCAGUCACCUCAGGAGCCGCAACAAACAGCCAUGGCCGCCCCGCUCAGAGUGUGCAUCGUGGGCUCCGGGAACUGGGGCUCUGCCGUUGCAAAAAUUAUAGGAAACAAUGUGAAAAAAAUUGAAAAAUUUUCCCCGACAGUCAACAUGUGGGUGUUUGAAGAGAAUAUUAAUGGAAGGAAGCUGACUGACAUCAUCAACACGGAUCAUGAGAACGUGAAAUAUCUCCCUGGUCAUAAGCUACCGGAGAAUGUGGUUGCAGUUCCCAAUCUGAGUGAUGCAGUGAAAGAUGCCGACCUCCUUGUGUUCGUCAUUCCUCACCAGUUCAUACACAAAAUCUGCCAGGAAAUCUCAGGGAAAGUUCCUUCCAAAGCUCUUGGGAUAACACUUAUCAAGGGUAUAGAUGAAGGCCCUGAGGGGCUAAAGUUGAUUUCUGACAUUAUUCGUGAGAAAAUGGGCAUAGAUAUCAGUGUGUUGAUGGGAGCCAACAUUGCCAAUGAAGUGGCAGCAGAAAAGUUCUGUGAGACAACAAUAGGAAGUAAAGUCAUUGAACACGGCUUUUUAUUCAAAGAACUUUUACAGACUCCAAACUUCCGUAUUACUGUAGUGGACGAUGCUGAUACUGUGGAACUGUGUGGCGCCUUAAAGAACAUUGUGGCUGUGGGUGCUGGCUUUUGUGAUGGUCUCAAGUGUGGUGAUAACACGAAAGCUGCUGUUAUCCGUCUGGGACUCAUGGAAAUGAUUGCAUUUGCCAAGAUCUUCUGUAAAGGUCAAGUUUCAACGGCUACAUUUUUGGAGAGCUGUGGAGUUGCUGAUCUCAUUACCACUUGCUAUGGAGGGCGUAAUAGAAAAGUGGCCGAGGCAUUUGUUAACACUGGCAAGAGUAUAGAAGAACUUGAAAAGGAGAUGCUGAACGGACAGAAACUACAAGGACCUCAGACCUCUGCAGAGGUGUAUCGUAUCCUUCAGCAGAAAAGCAUGGUAGACAAGUUCCCUCUUUUCACUGCUGUGUAUAGAAUCUGCUAUGAAGGUAAACCUGUGGAAGACGUUAUUUCCUGCCUGCAGAGCCAUCCUGAGCAUUUGUAGUGUGUUUUUCUUUUUUUUUUUUUCUUUCUAAAAAUGUUUAUGCUGCAAAAUCCAGGAGCCUAGCCUCCACUAAUGCACAAAAGAGAGUGUGUAAAAUCUGUCAGUUGUAAAAUCAGUGUGACAUGUUGGUAUUCAAGAAGCAUGUUUUGCACAGAUCAUGAAGAAAUUGUCUGUAAAAGUUUGUUCACACUUGCAACUCUGUAACUGAUAUAUAUCUAUAUAACUUUAGCUUGCACAUCUCGAACCAUAGAAACAACUCCAUUUAAGAGAAACUAAAAGCUCCCUAUUUCCCUAUAAAUUUCACCAUUUCAUCACAGGGGUAGUGAACAGCAUUUCCACACUGUCUAUUUUUCCUGCAAUGCUGCUCUUUUGGUUUAAAAAUAAAAAAAAAAAGAUAAAAUUGAAUGUCUGUUCUGGUGUGGUAACUAGUCGGCAGCAUGUAGUCAUGCAUGGCCGCAGCAUGUUGUUGUGCAGCCCCCUCCCACUCCAGCUUGAUUGACACACUUAAUGUAGGAAAAGCCAUGCGCAUCCUGGCCGACGGGAGACAUGAAUGAGAGGAAGAAGGGCAUGGGCAGCUCCUCCAUGACACAUGUUGGGACCACUGAUCAAAGUUGUUUUUUACAAAAAGUGCAGCGUCACAGGAAACCUAUGGACACAUUGUUAGAGCACCCUUUUUAAUAGAAGUUUGUAGGGCAGUAGGUUGCUGUCAGGUUCCCUUUUAAGAUAUAUGGUAUAGGAGAUUCCACACACAGUGGUUCUGUUGCAACAAAGGCACAAAGGAAGUCUUUAACUCUAAGAAUUUUUGCCACAAUUAUGCUGGGUUCACAUCAUUGUCAUUUUUCUUGUUCAUCGAAGCAGAACAAAAAAUUAGGGUGCCAGAUCCCCUGCAUAUCAUACAUGAAAGUCACCCAUUUUGCCAAAAAUGGGGUCCUUGUGGUUUCAAUUACUGUGUCCAGCAUUUACCAGAUAAAAUAGCAAUACAUAAUGCACUAUGUGACAGAUUGUUUUAGUAGGAUCUGUGAUGGAGUGCACUUGUGGAACUUCUGAUAUGGAUGUGAAUAAAGUCUAACUUCCUACAACAAGUUCGCCUAAGGGUAUGUUCACACUGCGCAAUCUCAGCUGCGGACGCCUGAGAUUCUGUCAGGCGGCUGCAGCUGAAGCUACUUCGGCGGUAGGACUGUGGGGGCACUGCGCAGUCACAAUUGACGGCUAUGCAGUACUUGCAGAAUUUUGCGCAAAGAAUGAACAUGUUCUUUGAGUGGAACAAUUUAGGCAGCAGAAUUGUCCACCGCUGAAAUUCCGCAGUGUGAACGGGUUUCGCGUUCACACUGAUGGGAAUGUUCACACUGCGAAAUUCCUGCAGAAUUCCGUGCAGUGAACAUACCCUUUUAAAGAAAUUAUUGAUGGAUCAAUGGCAACACCUGAAAACUGAAAGCUAAUCACUUUGGACCACGUGUAUGAUGUAUGAACUUGCCAUAGCGGUCUACAAUAUUAUAUAGUAUAUCUGCAUGCCAACUCUGUAACCGAAACAGUAGUUCUCAUAUCUUUUAUUGUGAUGGUGGUUACACUGUAUUUAAUUGCCCAUGAAAAAGUACAAUAUUAAUAGUGACUAUUCUGUUGAUUUGGUUUUAUGCAAUAUUUUAUACCUGUUACGUAACUGUUGUGAUCUUUAAUUCAGGGGCAAACUAUCUAAGGGCUCAUAUUUUAGGUUUAUGCAUUAUUUUUACAUUCUGUAUUCUGUAUCUAAACUUUUUUUAGUAUUGAUGCAUAUUUUAUAAGUACAUUUGACCUGUUACAGCAUUAUGACUUUCUGUACUUGCCUGUGGGAUAAUGUGCCAUUCCUAGACAUAUAAUGGAAGAUUUAGCAAAACCGGUCUAGAGGAAAAGGUGCUGAGUUGCCCAUAGCAACCAGUCAGAUCGCUUCUUUCAUUUUUGAAAAGGCCUCUGAAAAAAUGAAAGAAGCGAUCUGAUUGGUUGUUAGGGGCAACUCAGCAACUUUUUCUCUGGACAGGUUUUGAUAUAUCUCCCCCAUACUGUGCAGCUGUACUGUGCUUUUUCACUACUAUUAAAUCAUAUGAAAAUAAAAUGUGUGUUUUA